GUAAUGUAAAUUCACAUCGAUCUAUAUUCCAUCACUACCGAACUACUUCUCACACUCACGUCAGUACCAAUAACUUUAAGAACAACCCAAAGCCCCUGCCUCUCAACACAUAUUUCUCCUUGUUUAAUCAUGGCCUCAGUGCAACGCGCAAGGUCUGGAACAAUCCCAUCAAUGGAGACCACAGGUCACCAGUUCAAAGAUAACACUCUCAUCGUCGUCUUUGGUGCCUCCGGUGACCUUGCGAAGAAAAAGACGUACCCAGCUUUAUUUGGUCUCUACCGCAACGGUUAUCUCCCUAAAGGUGUCCAUAUUGUCGGCUAUGCACGUACAAAGAUGGAUGAUGAAGAGUAUCACAAACGCACCACAAGCUACAUCAAGAACCCUAACAACGACCCAGAGAUCGCUGCUGAAAUCGAAGAGUUCAAGAAAAUAUCCACUUAUGUUUCUGGCGGCUAUGAGGACAGUCCCUCUUUCCAAAAUUUGGCAAAACACCUAGAGGCCAUUGAGAAGAACUACCAAAGCCGCGAUGUCAACCGCCUCUUUUACCUUGCCCUCCCGCCCUCCGUGUUCGUACCUGUCGCAAAACAUGUAAAGGAGUGCUGCUACGCCACCUCGGGAACAAACCGCAUCAUCGUCGAGAAGCCUUUUGGCAAGGAUCUCGAAUCCUGUCGGGAACUCCUAUCAUCACUCAAGCAGUCAUGGAAAGAGGAUGAGACUUAUCGCAUUGACCACUAUCUCGGCAAGGAGAUGGUCAAAAAUUUGUUGGUCCUCCGUUUCGCCAACGUCGCCAUGGGCGCUGCGUGGGACAAGCAUUCGAUCAGCAACGUCCAGAUCAGUUUCAAGGAGCCCUUUGGCACAGAGGGUCGUGGUGGUUAUUUCGACGAAUUCGGCAUCAUCCGUGACAUUUUGCAAAACCACUUGUUGCAGGUCCUGAGUAUCUUGACCAUGGAACGACCUGUGUCGUUCGCGUCGGAGGACAUUCGGGACGAGAAGGUUAAAGUCCUCCGCGCGAUCCCACCCAUCAAGAGGGAGGAUGUGCUUCUAGGCCAGUAUGUCGCAGCCAACGGGAAGCCGGGUUACCUGGACGACGAUACUGUGCCGAAAGACUCUGUUUGCCCAACGUUUGCUGCUACCACACUCUGGAUUAAUAAUGAACGGUGGGAAGGCGUACCAUUCAUCUUGAAGGCCGGAAAGGCCUUGAACGAGGCCAAGGUUGAAAUUCGCAUGCAAUUCAAGGAUGUCACGCAGGGAAUUUUCAAGGAUAUUUCGCGCAACGAACUCGUGAUCCGCAUUCAGCCCUCGGAGGCCGUUUACCUGAAGCUGAACGCCAAGGCGCCUGGAUAUGCGUUCCAUGCACUUCCGACUGAGAUGGACCUUACAUACAAAAGACGGUUCACGGAUACAAAAAUCCCGGAGGCUUAUGAGGCACUUAUCUUGGAUGCAAUCAAGGGCGACCACUCAAACUUUGUCCGAGAUGACGAACUGGAUGUAGCAUGGAAGAUUUUCACCCCCAUUCUGCACUGGAUAGAUGGGAAAGAAGGACCACGCCCUAAGCCCUCACCCUACCCCUAUGGCUCUCGGGGACCUAAAGAGCUGGAUGGCUUUAUUGAGAAGUUGGGCUACAAGCGCGCAGCAGAGGACUACUGGCCCACGACGAACAUGUCAAAAUUUUGAAUGGGUCUGCGCCAUUAGAAUCGUUUUAUUUUGUAGUUGCACGGCGAGGUUCGGGUGGAAGCGAGUGCGUAUGAAAAGUGAUCAUAUUCUUUCAUAAGUGACUUGCAUGUGUCUCGAUGAUUCUGGAAAUCGGUAGCCAUGAUUGUAUAUCCAACUUGUUUGAAUGCAGUAUGUAGUUAUGCCACGCGGUUCCGGUCAAGACAGGAGGUGUGUGUUGGAACGUCGUCAUUGGGAGGGCUAUAAUCGGCGAUCUGGUGCAGUUAACGUCGGAGUAACGUCAAUAACGUUUAAAUAGGGCG